GGGUGAGCCAAGCUUCGCGACAAUCGUGAGAUAACUUCCUUUCCAGCUUUGAUGGGUUGACGUCGUUCCGCCCCCCUGGCGCCGCCGGAGGUCACGAGCACCCCCAUGAAGCAGGAGGGCUGGAAGCUCACGGAGGAGGGCGAGGAGUACAGCAAGAAGGGGAGCCCCGAGGCCCAGGUCUUCGAUCUCAUCAAGUCGAAGGGGUCCCUGGCCCCGGGGGACCUCGCCACCGAGCUCGGCGAGGUCGGGAAGGUCGGCCAGGGCGCGGCAAUCAAGAACAAGUGGGUGGAGAUGGACAAGGCCACGAAGACGCUCAAGCCAGCCACAGAUAGCAUAGAGGACACGAUCAAGCAGGAUUUACUUUCGCUGGGGGGAUUGGCCAAGGACAAGCUGGAUGCCCUUAAGAAGCGGAAGAUGAUUGCUCCCACCAGCCUCACGGCCUACAAGGUUGAGAAGUCGGCAGAGUUCUCCAUGGAUGCCGCCAAGGCAGUUGCAGAGAUCACAGCCGAGAUGAUCCAGAAGGGUACUUGGGCUAGCGCCAAGUUCAAGAGCUUUAAUUUCAACAACGCUAGCGGCUUGCAUGCCGGCGGCGGCCAUUUGCACCCACUCCAGAAGGUGAAGACGGAGAUUCGAAAUGUCUUGAUGCUCAUGGGUUUCGAAGAGAUGUGCACCAACCAGUGGGUGGAGAGCUCGUUCUGGAACUUCGACUCCCUCUUCCAGCCACAGCAGCAUCCUGCUCGCGACGCGCAUGACACUUUCUUUAUGCAGAACCCGAGCCGGGCACAGGACCUGCCCAUGGAUUACCUCAACUCCGUGAAGAAGAUGCACGAGGAGGGUGGCAGCGGCUCCAUCGGCUGGCGUUAUGCGUGGAGCGAAGACGAGGCCAGAAAGACGAUCCUCCGCACCCACACGACAGCCGUCUCCGCGAGAACCCUGUACAAAUUGGGCCAGGACUAUAAGAAGACAGGGGUAUUCACUCCCAAGAAGUACUUCUCGAUCGAUCGCGUCUUCAGAAACGAGACACUCGACAAGACACACCUGGCGGAGUUUCACCAGGUGGAGGGGUUCAUUGCAGAUAGGAACAUCGGCCUUGGACAUCUGAUUGGCGUGCUGAAGGACUUCUUCGCCAGGGUUGGGUUCGCCAAGCUCCGCUUCAAGCCAGCCUACAAUCCUUAUACCGAGCCUUCGAUGGAGAUCUUCGGCUUUCAUCCAACUUUGGAGAAGUGGAUUGAGGUUGGGAACAGUGGUGUCUUCCGCCCAGAGAUGAUUGCACCGAUGGGCAUUCCAGAAGAUGUGUCUGUCAUCGCAUGGGGCAUUGGCGUGGAGAGAUGGGCUGCACUGCUCUACAAUGUGGAGAGCAUCAAAGAGCUCUUCAGCUUCCAGCAGGAUCUUGAUGCGUCUAAGAGGAAUCCACUCUGCUGGCUGAAGCGGGUUGAGGUCGAGGAGUGAAUGAAUGAUGGCAUGCCUUCGCGUCCGGUCCAAGUUUCGAUGCUUUUUUGUGCCUGACAUGACAUCCCCUUCUUGAGCCCCCUGCACUGUGCUGCAGCUUGGGCGACCUAGGUUUUGGCGCGAUGUUCCACGAAAGCGUCAUGCUGCCACUCGUCCACUCAGAGGCUGUUUCUUAAGUCCGAUGCCGAAUGACCCCUUGCGUAAUUCCCUAUGAUUUAAUUCAGCAAGUGAUUUGGAAACCGCGCGCCUUACAACUUGCCGGUUAACUUGGUGGACGUUCGUUUGUUAGA